AUGCAGCGGGGCUGCGGGCGCCGCCGCGGGUCGAGCAGGCGCCCGGCGAGCACACAUUUCACCAAGGCCGAUCGACCAUCGCCCACUCCGCCCCACAGCCUCAUCAAGUCAUCCACACCUCAGUUUAACCCUGUCGACGCGCUCAACCAAGAGACGGUGACGAUCGAGCUGAAGAACGGCACCGUAGUCCAUGGGACGAUUUCUGGUGUCGAUGUGGCGAUGAACACUCAUCUCAAGGCGGUCAAGAUGACGGUCCGGAAUCGGGAACCUCAGCAGCUUGACUCGCUCUCCAUCCGAGGCUCGAACGUCCGAUACAUCAUUCUUCCUGACUCUCUUCCCCUGGACACGUUGCUGAUCGAUGAUGCACCUAAACCCAAAAAGAAGAAGGACGGCGAUGCGCGUGGCCGGGGCAGGGGACGUGGUGGUGUGGAGCGCGGAGGAAGGAGCAGAGGACGUGGUCGCGGUCGGACACGUGGGAUCUGA